CUUGCUUUCUCUUUUGUCUCAACGUCGUCGGUGGUGUUUGUUUGUGGGUGAGAGCUUUCUUGAGGUGGCAGUCAGUGAAAAAGAUGGGAACUUUUGUUAGUUUGUAUCAUUAAUGCUGUUGGGUUUCUGAUUAACUAUGUUUUUGUUUUGUUUGGGACAGCUCAUUUUGUGUUAACUGAAAGAAAUAGCGGAAACUCUCCAAUGUUUUCAUAGAGAUUUAGCUUGUUGUUGGUUGGUUUUUUUUAUUCUAUUCUGUCUCUGAUUUGGAUCCAACGGAACCAGAUUCUUGUUCUGUGAUAAAGAGAAUGCACGUGAAUGGAGAAUAUGGGAUUCUUGAUUAGGCUGGACUUUGGUCCGUGUAGGCUUGUCUUCUUUGAUUCUACUUUUAGGCUUUUCUGUUGCCCAUCUGCAGUAUAAUUUGGCCGCUAAGGAUUAGAUUCUUGGGAUGACUGGCAUGUAUCAUGGUGCGAUUUUCUCUGCAAAUGCAGGCGUCGGUGCAGUUUAGGCCACAGAACAGAGAUCUUGGGAUGGUAAUGAGGGAAGUGGACGAAGAUCUGGCUAUUUUCUUGGGGAUGAGGAAUGGUGAAAAGGAGAUGAACGAGCAUCUUCUUUUUGAGGAACCUCACGAGCUUCAUGUAUCAAUAGGUGCUGAGCCAAAACCAGAUAGUUUGGUGACCUUGAAUGCUUCUCAGACCGAGAUUGUUCCAAUUCCCGCUGAUGAUAAUUGGCUUCUCAUACAACCUGAUACCUCUUUCCUUCCUUCAGUUGAAGGGGAUGCGCAAGAUCCUGCGGCAACUCACACUGAAAUUUCCAGUGCUGAAAGCACUUAUUUGAAAUCUGAGCUGGAAAAUACCUGUGAAGAUUCUGCAUCACUGAGUGAGAGUUCAUUGCCACUAGUAACAUCCACUAGUGCAGGCUCUCCGGCUGCAGUGAACAAAAGGCCUUCAUCAUCAUCAGGGGGUCGGAAACCAACUCCUAGAGCAGCAACACCUACCGGACGACCAGCCUUGCCUGCAAAACCAAAGCCCUCUCGUGCUUCCACGCCUACUUCAAGAACCACAAUACCUUCUUCUAAACCGACAGCUGCUCACGCAAGGUCACGUUCUUCUACUCCUACUUCUAGACCCUCCAUACCAAUCAUUUCAAAGUCUGGAUCGAGGUCUGCAACACCUACACGUAAACCAGCCACUCCAUCAACCACAUCCCGCAUAUCCGCUCCUGACCGAUCUUCAUCAGGGAGUUCAAAUGGACUGAAAAAUCCAGCGCCAUCUCGUGGAACUACUCCAACCCCGAAAUCUAGGCCAUCAAAACCCUCAGAGAUUCUCUCUUUAUCUCAUGAUGCCCCUCAAAAUGCAAAAGCAUCCAUGCCCAGAAGGCCAGCGUCUGCAUCUAGAGGAAGGCCGAGUUUACCUGCUACUCAUGCAUCUUCUUCCAAUGGGAAACCAAGACAAAAGUCAUGCUCGCCUGCCAAAGUACGAGCUCCUAUUAGUUGUGCUCAGAAAACAGGGAUCAAGAUGCUAUCAAAAAGUCGAGGAUACAGCAAUGAGGGAGAUGAUGUUAACCCUGUAUUGAUCGGUACGAAAAUGGUUGACAGGGUAGUAAACAUGCGGAAACUAGCUCCACCAAAACAAGACGAAUAUGUUGCUCAUGAAAAUCCCAAGAAAUCUUCCCAAGAGAAUUCGGGCUUUGGGAGAUCCCUCUCAAAAAAGUCACUCGAUAUGGCUAUUAGGCACAUGGAUAUUCGCAUUCCUGAGAAUUUACGGCACAUAGCAACGGUUUCUGCCAAUGGCGUUCGGUCGAUUUCUACUAAGAGCAGUUCUGUUGGUGUUUCAGGAUCUCCUCUCACAUCAAGCUGUGAUAGCUCCAAGUCCAGCAUCUGAAUUAACUCCCAUUUCCUCAAUGGGGCUGAGAUGUAUGGCUGAUAUAGGCUAUUCAAAUAUUGCAUCUGGACAUGUUAUUUUUGUGUAUGAUCCUUUGCAAUAUUAGUAUUAUUACAGCACUACUGUCUUUUAGAUUGAACUGUGUGUAACUAAUGUAAAAAGAACUGAAGGACUUGAUUUUGUCUAUUGCAGAAUUUGCAGGUCCCUGUUUGAAAUUUCAAAUUGUAGUUUAAAUA